GUGACGGGGCGAGGAAGGAUAUCCGCAGUUGGUGACGGUCAACCGGCAGCGCGUACUGUCAUGGCGGCGGCGGCUGCUGGUACAGAAGGGGUCGAGGGCGGCGGAGCCGCUGCCUGUCCGAGGCCGGACGCGGCGACGCAGCGGUCUGAGCUGAUGCCGCUGUUAGGAACACCGCUGUGGCCGGGCGAGUUCUGGUACUUGAUUGACAGCCGAUGGUUCAAGCAAUGGAAAAAAUAUGUGGGCUUUGACAGCUGGGACCUGUACAACGUUGGAGAGCCCAACCUCUUCCCAGGGCCAAUUGAUAACUCUGGACUUUUUGCAGAUUCAGAAACUCAGAUGUUGAAAGAGCACCUUAUUGAUGAAUUGGAUUAUGUAUUAGUUCCUACAGAAGCUUGGAAUAAAUUAGUAAAUUGGUAUGCAUGUAUCGAGGGACAACAGCCCAUUGUGAGAAAAGUUGUAGAAUAUGGUCUGUUUGUGAAGCAUUGUAAAGUGGAAGUUUAUCUUUUGGAACUGAAGCUCUGUCAAAACAGUGAUUCUGCUAAUCUCUUAAGCUCUUAUUUCAGCAGAGCAGAUACCGUUGCUACCAUUGAAAAAGAGAUGCGAAAGCUGUUUGAUAUUCCUGACGGAAAGGAAGUUAGGCUCUGGAGUAGAUACAUGAGUAAUACUUAUGAGCAACUGAGCAAACUUGACAGCACUAUACAAGAUGCGGGGCUCUACCAGGGACAGGUGGUGUUAAUAGAAGUAAAGAAUGAAGAUGGUACGUGGCCCAGGCAAUCUCCUCUAACAAAAUCAAGUAGUGCAAUCAGCAGAAGUCUAUCUACCUCUUCAAAAUCAUCAGCAAGCUCUUGCUCCACAGUAGUUGUCUCAUCAACCAUUACAAAUGGUGACAGCAAUAACUCAUAUGGUUUGAACUCCAGUCAUGGGAAAGGAGGUUCUAACUUGUCUUACAACUUCUACAACAGCAGGGAGAGUCCUCCCCAGUCACAACCAGGCCUCUGUGGGCUCAGUAACUUAGGAAAUACAUGUUUCAUGAACUCAGCAUUGCAGUGUUUGAGUAACACUCCCCUAUUAACGGAAUACUUCUUGGAAGAUCGGUACGAAGCUGAAAUAAAUCAUGAGAAUCCUCUAGGAAUGAGAGGAGAAAUUGCAGAAGCAUAUGCAGACCUCAUCAAACAGAUGUGGUCUGGGAGACAUUCUCAUGUGGCCCCCCGCAUGUUUAAAACCCAGGUUGGUCGGUUUGCUCCUCAGUUUUCAGGGUACCAGCAGCAAGAUUCUCAGGAGCUUCUCUCCUUCCUUCUCGAUGGUUUACAUGAGGAUCUAAACAGAGUAAAGAAGAAACCCUACUUGGAGUUGAAGGAUGCUAAUGGCAGACCUGAUUCGGUGGUAGCAAAAGAAGCCUGGGAGAACCAUCAAUUACGGAAUGACUCUAUCAUUGUAGAUAUUUUUCAUGGCCUCUUCAAGUCCACAUUAGUCUGCCCCAAAUGUUCUAAAAUUUCAGUGACUUUUGACCCUUUUUGCUACUUAACCCUUCCGUUGCCCAUGAAAAAAGAUCGAAUGAUGGAAGUGUUUUUGGUUUUUGCAGAUCCUCAGCGCAAGCCUUCACAAUAUCGGGUUGUGGUCCCAAUGAUGGGAGGCAUAUCUGACUUGUGUGAUGCACUUUCAAAACUCUCUGGGAUCCCUGCAGAAAAUAUGGUAGUGACGGAUGUUUAUAAUCACAGAUUUCACAAAAUUUUCCAAAUGGAUGAAGGCUUAAGUCAUAUUAUGCCAAAGGACAACAUCUUUGUAUACGAAAUUUGUAAAUCAAGUGAGGAUGGUGCUGAAUGCAUCACUCUUUCAGUUUAUUUCAGAGAAAAGAAAGCCAGACAAUCCAGUGCAACACCAGGGACUGUUCUUUUUGGCCAGCCACUACUUAUGGCAGUUCCCAAACACAAGCUCACACUAGAUCACUUGUACAAUCUUAUAUUGGAGCGUAUUAGUCGCUAUGUAAGACUUCCUGUGAAGGAGGAUUAUCCUGACAUGUAUUCAGAUAGUGAGACUUGCAAUGGCUCCACUAAUGUGUCUGAAGGUGAAGUUGAAGAGAUGGAACAUCAAAAUGGAGAAGCAGAAAGCAAGGAGAAAAUGUCAGAAACUGCUGUCUGCCAAUCAGAACACUGCACCCAGGAUGAUACAGGGAAAGAAGGCAUACAUCCCAGAAGACAUCUCUUCAGUUUCAGUCUUGUGAAUUCCUAUGGAACAUCAGAAAUAAACUCCCUUACUACAGAGGGGAAAAUUCUCAAACUGAGUUCUCAUGCUACUAUUGCUAUUGACUGGGAUUCUGACACUCGGAAGUUGCUUUUUGAUGAACAUGAGGCACAGGCAUUUGAAAAAAGCAGUACUGUGUUUCAGCCACAGAAGAAAAGUACUGUAGCACUUAGAGAUUGCAUAGAGCUCUUCACAACCAUGGAAACGCUUGGUGAACACGAUCCCUGGUAUUGCCCUAAUUGCAAGAAACAUCAGCAAGCCACUAAAAAAUUUGAUCUCUGGUCACUGCCACGUAUUUUGGUAGUACAUUUAAAACGCUUCUCAUACAACAGAUACUGGAGAGAUAAACUUGAUACUGUGGUUGAAUUCCCUAUCAGGGAUUUGAAUAUGUCUGAAUUUGUUUGUGAUCCAGCAGCAGGCCCAAAUGUGUAUGAUUUGAUUGCUGUUUCCAAUCACUAUGGAGGCAUGGGCGUUGGCCACUAUACUGCAUAUGCUAAGAAUAAAAUCAACGGCAAAUGGUAUUACUUUGAUGAUAGUAGUGUGUCUCCAGCAUCUGAAGACCAAAUUGUGACAAAAGCAGCAUAUGUAUUAUUCUACCAGCGCAGGGAUGACAAGCUCAAGAUAAAUCCAUCUCACUGCGCAAGCACUGAGGUGAAAUCAGAAGAAUGUGAUGGCAUGGAUACUAACUGAGCCUAUUCAAAUAGUCAAACUGCUAAUUUGAAAAUGCAUCUGAGAACUGAUUUUGUUCCCUGUAAGACCCAAACAAGAAGUCCAGUGUGGGAGUGUUUAGUGAGCAAUAACAAAGGAGAGCACAAGGGGGGGAGCUAUAAGAUGACAGCACUUGGGCAUAUCAUAGCCAAAGAGCUUUUAAAUGAAUUAUAUUUUAGCCAUUCAAUAAAGUGUUUUUAAAAUCUGAUAUUGUAUUCUAAGCAGAAGCUGUAGGACCAGGAACUAUGCUAUACAUUUGGAGCUAUGAAGGAAUGGAAGCUUCUGAUGAUUUGGAAGAGGAAAUUAAAAAAUUGGGCUGUAAAUAUACUAGAGUUGAAGAGAAAUGAGAGUUUUGUGCACAAGGUAUGAGGUGACUGGGGUAGCUCAGAAGCAUGAGCUUCAAGCUUGUAUAGCACAUGAUGCCAUCAGACUACAGUUUAGCCCUUACUAACAGGACAUAGUAACUGUGUGUGCCUUAAAAAGUGUUACCUGGCCCCUACAGGAGUCUGCUAUCCAAUCUGUAGGACACUUCUUGAAAACCCCAGAUUAUCUCAUUCUGUGCUAAAGAGUGAAAUGCAAUGAUACCUGUCUUUCCUGCAGCAGUAUUCACAUGGAUUGUCCUUGACAUCCUCUGGGGAUUUUGUUUUCUGAAUAUUUCUUCAACAGCCCACAUCUUUUUAGCCAGGUUCACAUGUUAACUUAUGUAUUGUGCAGUGGGAAGCCAUGUACUGAUUCUAAUUCAUGUUCCCAUUGGUAUUCUUGGAAGGUGAGCCCUUGUUUCUCUUCAGUGACUGUAAAGUUUCAGAAUCAUCAAGAAAGGUUCAGAGCCAUUUCUGUCAUGAAAACUGCAAAGAAAUUGAUGGCUAGUGACUUGUCUCCUUGCAGAUAUUCUUCAACUUAGUAUUUUUCUUUCCACCCAAAUAAUUUUAAUUUCCCUAUAUAAUAAAUCUCCUUCUGCUGCUCUCUUAACCUCAUUUUAGGCACUUUCUGCAUUUCUUAAGAGAUGGCAAAAGGAAUGUUCCUUCUGGUCUCCUUAUUCUGCACUACUUCAGGCAAGUGAUGGCCCCUGGCAUAGCCAGGCAACAUCAUUUGAACUGAAUUUAUUAAAAGUGAUUUUGUGUUCUCUAACACUUAGUGGAAGAAUCCUCAUUGCUGUCAGUUGCAUUGUCUUCACUGACGGCCUCCUGAUGAUUAAUGUAUAGUUCUGCAGAAUAGUCGUAAAAGCACUGAAAUUGAUUUGUUUGGUUUCGUUACUGUUGCUUCCAGAUUUCUCUUGAGUAGGUUUACCUCAUCUGGAUCUUUUUUUUUCCUUGUGCACUUGGGAUAAAGGGUGGGUAAGGGCUGAAAUUAUUUAAAGGCUAAGUUCAAAGUAUAGCACUGCCUUGUUUUCAUUUGCUCUUUUCCUGGGUUAUGUUUUCUUUAGAAGUGUAACAUUUGGACAGAUAAGGAAGCAACUAAUUUAAAAGUGAAGAGCAGUUUAAUGUAACCAUAUCUAUUUUUGCUGCAUAGUAAAGCAGGAAUUUCUUCCUUGCUGUCAGUAAGGUCAAAGUACACAUCUGUUUUUGGGUGAUUUUGGACUCUGGAAUGAAAAUUUCUUCUAAAUGCUCUAAGUAUUAUAUUAGGACCUGGAUUUGCUUCUGACCAGGCUGGAUCCUAGCUGGUGUGUACAUUCUGUAUAAUGUCAAAAUCUGUUUUUAGAAUAGCACUUUGUAAGUGACAGGCUUUACUGUAUAAAGGAAAAAAAUUAAAAGAGUGGAUUGCA